GGAGGGACUCUUGUCUUCACAGGGGAAACUGCUCAUCCUUUGCUUUUAGGGUUCCUCCUUGUUCUCCUGCACCUGGAGGCUUGUGAACUAUGCACACUUGGAAGGCGUCUUUGCAAAGUUCAAGGAUCUAAACAAGGAUUUAAAAUGGUGUCAUGGAGAUGUCUUCUAUUCUUCUUUAGCGUGGUGGUCAUGUUCUUGGACCUGAGGACAGAAGCGACGCUGGAAGGGUCCUCCAUGGGUCCGCUGGAUCUGCCUCCCAGCGAGGAAGCGUCGUCCUUCCGGCGAGUCGUCCGCCUGUCCGACGUCAAAGUGUCCCGAGGAAGUCGCGUGGCGCUGACCCGACGCAAACGCAACGUCCUUUUCCCCAGCGGAGUCAAGCUGUGUGCGCAGGAGACCGCCACGCAGGCCGUCGCCAACCAUCUCAGCUUCUUCCAUCUGAGAGUGUGCCAGGAGACCGUGUGGGAGGCUUUCAAAAUUUUCUGGGAGCGCCUCCCUGAGCAAGAGGAGUACCAGAACUGGAUGAACCAAUGCCAGGAGGGGGAGGUGACGGCACAAGACAUCGGUACCUACUUCAGCCAAUCAGAGGAGCACCAGACCCUGGUCGAGAAGAAAAUGUCACUGCCAGGCUUGAAAAGCAAGCCCACCAGGCCAGGGCAGCAUACCUGCAGCACUUUAGCGCCGGGUACGACCAACACUUCCAAAGCUCCUAAUGAAGAAGAGAAAGUGGAGGAAGCCACUGUAGUUCCACAAGUGGAGCUGGAGAACGACAUUCCUGUUGAGCCUCUGACUGCGGCCGUGUUGGAGCAGGUGGUGGAACUGAGCAUCCUCCUGACGGGCGUCAUGUACGACCGCGACCUCGACGACCCCGACUCGCCACGCCAUCAGACGUUCAGCAGGCAGCUGGCACAGAAGAUUGAAGAUGCACUAGCAGGACUUCCUGGAUUUAAGAGUGUAUCUGUGACGGACUUCAGGCCUCACAAGGAUGGACAAGCGCUGGAAGGCAUCAUCGUGGACUACGCCGUCACUCUGGUGGUGGACAGUGCGGGCGUGAGCGCUGAUCAACUGGACUACCUGACCCUCCAGUCCAACCAGGUGGAGAACUCCUACCGCGAGGUCAAAGAGCACCCGACUUUGGUCUACGCCAUCAGCGAGCUGAAGACCUUUGUCACCGAGGACCUCCUGAAGGACGCCUUGGAGAGCGUGUCUGAGAUCCCGGAGACGGUCCAUGCUGCAGGAGAAACCUCGGUCCGCCCUGAGAAUGAACCAGAGCCGGAACUCCCAAUCCCAGAAGACGUCAUGGAAGACGUCAGGAGAGACGAAUUCCUGCCCGAGGUGGCUGAAAACGACACGGUGGUCACGAUGGAAAGUGAUGUGGUCAUCCUGGAGGAGAGCGUUGAUAUAUCCUCCCCUCCCGUCGCCACCACGUCGGCACCUGACACCGGCAGCAUUAAGGAGGAGGGUUUGCUGCUGGAGAACACUGUGCAAACUACAGCGGCAGAAGAAGAGGACCACCACCAGCAGACGCAGGAGGACGUCCCCCCGUUUGAGAGUCAAGAGGAAGGAGUCACGUUGCCUGAACCCCCAGUAUUGGUGGAGGCCUCGGGCACCGGCGACAUUGACAACCUGCUGUGGUGGCCUGAUACCACAACUUCGGCGGCAGCACAGGCUGAAGAUGUGGUCGUUCUGGACGAGGAGCAUCUGGACAGUGGCGUCAUCACCGAGGAGCUCCUAGCAAGUGAAACAGCAGAAGAGGGCUUUUUUCCUGGUGCUGCAGAUGUAGCUAGUGAGGCUGGUCAACAAAGUGAAUCCAAGCAUUCUGAAGAGGCUGAAACAGCCACUCCAGAAGAAGCAGUGGAAGGACCUCCAGAAGCUUCAGAGAUCGCAACAGAUGAACUUGCCGAUAACGAUAUCUUGCUGGUCAACCAGGACACACCAGAACCAACUGCAGCAUCUGCAGAAGAGGAAUCACCCUUUGCAAAUGUACCUGAGAUUAAACCAGCUUUGGAGGAGCAACCUGACCUUGUCAUCCCUUCACUUGUGGAGGAGAUCCAGACCACCGAUGAAGAUGGCUACGAAGUGAUCCACUAUGGCUUGAUCAACCACACGGAGGAGGGUAGCACGGGGUUCCCACUCAGCGUGUCACUCGGCACUGACCCGGCAAGCAUCGCCAUGCCGGCUAACCCAGGUCGAGCGCUGAUGGUCUUCUUUAGCUUGCGGGUGACCAACAUGAUCUUCUCGGAGGAUUUGUUUAACAAGAGCUCGCCAGAGUACAAAGCGUUGGAGCAGCGCUUCCUAGAACUGCUCGUGCCCUACCUCCAGUCCAACCUGAGUAACUUUGAAAACCUUGAAAUCCUCAACUUCCGCAACGGAAGUAUUGUGGUCAACAGCCGGAUGAAAUUCGGCAAGCCUGUGGCUCAGGGCGUCACCUCCACAGUCUACCUGAUCCUGGAGGACUUCUGCAACACGGCCUACCAGACCAUGAACCUGGCCAUCGAUAAGUACUCCCUGGAUGUCGAGUCAGGCGUCCAGGCGGACCCGUGCAAGUUCCAGGCGUGCAACGACUAUGCCGAGUGUAAGGUGAACAAGUGGUCUGGGGAGGCGGAGUGUGUGUGUAACGCCGGCUACUUCAGCAUAGACGGCCUGCCUUGUCAGAGCAUCUGCGAGCUGCGCACCGACUUUUGCCUCAAUGACGGCAAAUGUGACAUCAUACCCGGCCAGGGAGCCAUCUGCAGGUGUCGCGUCGGAGAGAACUGGUGGUACCGAGGAGAGCAUUGCGAGGAGUACGUAUCGGAGCCUCUGGUGGUGGGCAUAGCUGUGGCCUCUGUGGCCGGCUUCCUGCUGGUGGCGUCCGGUGUCAUCUUCUUCCUCGCCAGGACGCUACGAGAUCAAUACGAUAAGGACGAGUCUGAGGACCCCAUACGGCGGGCGGAGAGCAUUCCAUCGCUGGAGCGGGCGACCAAGUACAACCCCAUGUACGAGAGCGAGGCCACCACGGGCUACAGCCACUAUUACCGCCGCUACCCUGAGGCUGCCAUCUACAGCAGCGCCAGCGCCGAGGCCUCCACCGACUUCAGCAGCGAGGAGAUCCGACACAUCUACGAGAACAGCGAACUGACCAAGGAGGAAAUCCAAGACAGGAUACGCAUCAUCGAGCUUUACGCCAAGGACCGCCAGUUUGCAGAUUUUGUGCGGCAGCAUCAAGCAGUCCUGGACACAAGAAGAGAAAGUUCUUCUGCACAGACAUGAAACAAGAAGGACAACAUCAGGAUUCCAAAAGACUGCACUAAGAAUCACUGACUUAUCUUUUUUUCCUACGGUCUUCAUCCUGUCUUCAUGUGAGCAUCUUUCUUUCUUCCUUCCUUCCUCGGUGCCUUCUGCUGGACAUGUCUCUCUGUGGAAAAAUGCAGUUUUAAGUCCAUUCCUGAUGAAAAGUAUUGCUUGUGUACUGUAGUACAGCCACAUAGGACGGUGCUAUGUUUUAUUGACCUUUUCAAUGUAGUAAUAUAUCAUAAAAGUCACAUUU